AAGGGGAAGGGGGCGUACCAAAAAUUUCAUCUCAUCGGUCAUUUCUGGGAUGCUGUGAAAGGAGGCCCCAAGAGAUAGUCCACCGCAAUCCGACGAUCUGAGCAAUCAACCUACACACUCCUCCUUCCCUCUUUCUUUCUUUCUCGAUUUCUACACUAAUUACCAAACGGGAAACUCACACUUCGCUUCUCUCUCUUUCUCUCGCUCUCCACCUUUUUGUUAAUUCGUACACAGGGUUUUUCGUUUUCGUUUCGAUCCUCUUCAAUUUCGUUUCUCUUCUCUUACUUCUUCUACUCCACGAUCUCCUCCUGGGUUUCGCCGUUUUCCAAUGGAAAUGUAUUAGAUAAGCCCUCUCCCCCCAUCAGAAUAAGAUUGUGAAAGAACGAUCUAGUUGCACAAACCUCUUUCCCAUCAUGGCGGUUGCUGAGAAUGUUGGACCCAAAAUCGGCUCUCCAAGUCAAAGUUUUGAAAACACGAUGCUUUCCUCCGAUUCUAAUGAUCCCAAGGAUGUCGAAAAUCAGAAGCCUAAGAACGAUUCUGCGGUUUCGAUUAAUGCAGAACCCGACUUUCAUCCCAACGGAAUCGAUCAGAAUACACAGAAGAAGGCACACCUCCAGGAGAGAGCUGCUGCCGCAGCUUCUUUUGCACUUCCUUCACCCAAUUUCAAGUCCCAAAUGGGUCAGAUGCAGAACGGGUUUGAAACUAAUGCCCAGUCGCUAAUGGUGAAGUCUGCUGGUGGUUAUGGGAUGAAUCAGAGGCCUAAUGGAGUGAUAAACGGAGCCGAUGGAGGGGAAAACUUUAAGAGGGAUAUGAGGGAUCUGGAGGACUUACUAUCCAAAUUGAAUCCCAUGGCUGAGGAAUUUGUUCCUCCUUCGCUAGCUAAAAAUUUUUCUGGUUACUUCGGCGGUGCUGCCCUUGGGUAUACGAACGACUUUCUAUUGCAAGCUAAUUCUCUCAACAACGAAGGGAAUAAUAAUCGAAGGAAGAAGAAUGGUUUUAGUCAAGGAAGACGGAAGACGAAUAAUAAGAUGAAUGCAGUGAAGCGAGAUGAGAUGACCCGGAGGACGGUGUAUGUAUCAGACAUUGAUCAGCAGGUGACUGAAGAGCUACUUGCUACUGUCUUUGCUAACUGUGGAGAGGUUGUUGACUGUCGUAUCUGUGGUGAUCCCAACUCCAUUCUUCAUUUUGCCUUCAUUGAGUUCACUGAUGAAGAGGGUGCAAGGGCUUCCUUGAAUCUUUCAGGGACAGUGCUUGGUUUUUAUCCAGUCAGAGUGCUGCCCUCAAAAACUGCAAUAGCACCUGUCAAUCCUGAAUUUUUACCCAGGUCGGAUGACGAACGUGAGAUGUGCUCAAGAACUAUCUAUUGUACAAAUAUUGACAAGAAGGUUACUCAAGCAGAGGUCAAGCUGUUCUUUGAAUCAUUAUGUGGAGAGGUUCAGCGCCUUAGGCUACUUGGAGAUUAUCAUCAUUCCACUCGUAUAGCAUUUGUUGAGUUUACAAUGGCUGAGAGUGCAAUUGCUGCUCUUAAUUGCAGUGGAGUGGUGUUGGGUUCCCUGCCAAUAAGGGUGAGCCCAUCAAAGACCCCAGUUCGUCCUCGCUCUCCUCGUGCCCAGCUGAACUGAAUGAUCCCUGCAUCUGUUCCAUGUCGGUCUGGUGCUCAAUAGAUAUAUUUAUAUAUAUUGCAUAUAUAUAUAUAUAUAUAUAUAUUAUGGUUAUAGAGAUAUGUUCAGAAGGGGUUGUUGCCUUUAGUGAUGCAUGGAUCCUCUGCAGUGUUGGUACCUUUUGGUACCUUGAACUAGAAGGUGCUAUUGGUGAACGAGAUAUUUGUUUAGGUUUUUUAUAGAGUGGAUGGCAUUUUGAGGCUCUUAAUCGAUUAUCUCUGACAUGUUAUGAUGGAUGGAUGGAUUAUGUAGGGUUGAUCCCUGGGAACACUUAGCACUUGCUUUCAAUGUUUCUAACUGGAAACUCUUAAUCAACUCUCCGCUCUUUAGUCUC